AUGAUUGGGUUAUACUCCGUCACAAGAGCCAUACUUAAAUUUGGUACCCAGAGUAGGUCCCUUUUUACCCUGCAAGAAUUUUCAAAUUAUGCUUUGGCGGAGUAUAAAAAGGAUUCAAAAGGUGUUGAUCGUGUGAUUGAGUGUCUUAUCAAAAACAACAAGUUUGUUCUAUUUCUAGAAGGCACCGUAGACAGACCAGCAUCACUAUGUGCUAUGAAUAUCGUAAAAAUGUUGACUAUUUUGCAAGUUUUGCCCCUCGUAACUAUUGAUAUAUUAGCGGAACCAGCUUGUUAUGGCUACUUGAAUACCAAAUUGAAUGACACACCCACGUCUAUUUUGGCAGCAAACGGUAAAAUCAUCGGGAAUCAUGAUGAAAUACUAGAAUAUUUCAAAAAUGGAAAGUUGCUGCAGGUUUUGAAACAUCAGAGAAUUGUAGGCCCAUCACAUUUGGAUAAAUAUCUACCAAUUUCCAAUAUUUGA